CCACCACCAACCAAACCAAAUAUUGACUUUCAUUAACACUUUUAGGACUUUAGUCGCGUCGCGUGUCGUUAAUUGGCGAACUUCAAUCUUUAGCGCAUUCAAAUUCAAACGACAGCGACGAAAAAAAAAAGAGGACAAUGAUACCUAAAAUGCGCCGACCAUGACGACGUCUACCAAUUCCGAUGCCGAGCUUUUGACAGAGCACUUCGGAUAUCCCCCUAUUAGUCUCAUCGACGAUAUAAUCAACAGCGUAAACGUCCUAGCCGAGCGCGCCCUCAACAGCGUCGAGCAAGGCCUUCUAAACGCUCCCCCCGCAACCAUCGGCUUCAAACCCCCCAAGUCGUCCCGCAGCCGCGAUGCGCAAAAACAACAACAGCAGCCGCAGCAAGACCCGGCCGAAGCCGCAAAGACGGAAAUCGAGUCCGGCACGCAUCAACUAGAAACCCUACUGUGCGCCAGCAUCGACCGCAACUUCGACAAAUUCGAGAUCUACGUCCUGCGCAACAUCCUCACCGUCCGCCCCCCCGACGUACGCUCCUGGAUCCGCCUCUCGCACUACGACGGCCUAGAUUUCACCACCACCACCACCACCUCCUCCUCGAACGCAAAUCUAAAUCUAAACCCGUCGCCCACCCUCGACAGCAUAAACCACCUCCGCCGCAAACUGCGCGAGAGCAUGCGUCUCAACGCCCUGCUGACCGCCGAGCGCGCGCGCAACGAGAAGCUCCUCGGCGAACUGCACGACCUCGUCGGGAUAUCCCCCGCGCACGUCAAGAGCGAAAAGACGUCCCCGCAGCAGCCCCCGGCGCCGCAGACUAGUAAAAACAGCCCCUUCGCGUUCCUGCACCGCAAAGGCUCCCUCACCGCCGGCGGCUCCGAAGCCCCCCUCAGCACCACAACCGCCUUCACCCUCUCGCAGAUGCAAGCCCUGCGCGCGCUGUCCACUUCCCUGCGCACCAUCACCCCGGACCUAGUGCCUUCUACUACUACUGCUUCCUCCGCCGCCGAGGCCAUGGAUGUCGAUGACCACCACGACGGGGACAAAGAUAAAGAUAAAGAGAAAGAGCGCAAGAGCUGGCGGCGCGAGCGUCUCGAGUACGUCGAGGGUGCUACGAGGCGGUACUUGGAGACUGUCGAGGGGCUGGAGCUGGGGCGGCACGGGGAGGUGCGCGAUGGGGAGUGGCAGGGUGCGGGCCGUGGGUUAGCUAGGGAUGAGGUUGGGGGGUUAGAAGGGGUGAUUACGCUGUUAGGAGGAGGAGAAGAGCAAGAAGAAGAAGAAAGGGAACGGCAGGGAGGGGACUCCUCUGGCACGGCGCGGAGAUCGGCGUCUUCGUCGAGGGACGAUCGGAUGGACAUGGACGAGUCAUGAACGAUGAAAGGAGCCUUGCAUGUUGUUGCGUUUUUUGUAUACACGCCAACGACUGCUGCUACUGCUACCACCGCUGCUGUUUAGGUAUCUACGCUCAAACAAGUGUCCAAGGAAAGGAGUCCGGAGUUCUGAGGUCUUAGGUAGUCACGCAGUCUGAUGGGAAGGAAUUAUUUUGAACUCGUCAUUUUAUUUAUUUAACUAUUUAUAACAUGUGCUACAAGGUGUUCAACAAACAACCAAG